AUGACCGAGCGACUGGUCGUUAUUUCGAACCGCCUGCCGGUGACGAUCAAAGCUGAUCCGAAGGCCUCAGGUGGGUAUGUAUUUCAGCACUCGUCUGGUGGUCUAGUAUCUGCCUUGCGUGGAACCAAAGCCACGAUGGAUUUCACGUGGAUCGGCUGGCCCGGCUUGACCGUGCCUGAAGAGCAUAUCCCGUACAUUGAAGAGACUCUCGAAAAAGAGUACAACUGCCGCCCAGUCUGGAUUCCAGACGAUGUUGCUGAGCUGCACUACAAUGGUUUUUCUAACUCGAUUCUCUGGCCGCUCUUCCAUUACCAUCCCGGUGAAAUGAACUUUGACGAGGAAAACUGGCAUGCGUAUCGCGAAGCCAACUUGAUGUUUGCGCAGGUCGUACACAGCAUUUUGCGCCCAGGAGACCGCGUCUGGGUCCAGGACUACCAUCUGAUGCUACUCCCGCUGAUGCUGACAGCUAUUCUGGAAUGCGGUGAUAUUGAUCGCCUUGUGCCCUACGAAUGCUCGAAGAUCGACGUGUCGGCCGCUCCCAUUACCAUGGAAUACAAUAUAAGAAGCAGCUGCUUUGAUUCGUCGAAGAUUCGCCCUGGGCAGCUUCGUCGUACUGAUAUCCAGCUGGGCUUUUUCCUGCAUACCCCUUUCCCGUCAAGUGAAGUGUACCGCAUUCUUCCCGUGCGUCGCGAAAUCCUCCUUGGCAUUCUAUACUGCGAUCUGAUCGGUUUCCACACCUACGACUAUGUACGACACUUCUUGUCGUCUUGCUCGCGUAUUUUGGGCUUGCCGACGUUCCCAAAUGGCGCCGAGUUUGAAGGCCGCCGCGUCCAGGUUCGGACGUACCCGAUCGGCAUUGACCCUUCGCAAUUCGAGGAGGCAUUGGAGCGCCCUGUUGUGAAGGACCGGAUUCGUACACUGGAGCGCAGUUUUGAGGGCGUGAAGAUCAUUGUCGGUGUGGAUCGUCUCGACUACAUUAAGGGUAUGCCCCAAAAGCUGCAAGGUCUUGAGACGUUCUUGGAAGAGCAUCCAGAAUGGAUCGGCAAAGUGGUCCUCAUUCAAAUUGCCGUGCCUUCGCGACAGGAUGUCGAAGAAUACCAGAAUUUACGUGCGACGGUGAACGAAGCUGUGGGUCGGAUUAACGGUCGUUUCGGUACUGUGGAGAGUAUGCCGAUUCACCUGCUGCAUCGUUCUGUGGACUUUAACGAACUGUGUGCGCUGUACGCUGUCAGUGAUGCAUGCCUGGUCACGAGUACGCGAGAUGGUAUGAACCUCGUCUCGUACGAGUACAUCGCCUGCCAGCAGGAGCGCAAGGGUGUGAUGAUCCUCUCAGAGUUUGCCGGAGCUGCCCAGUCGCUCAACGGUUCGCUGAUUGUCAACCCAUGGGACCGUUUUGCGGUGGCCAAUGCGAUUCACGAGGCGCUGUCCAUGGAUAUGCGUACGCGCACGACCAACUCUGAGAAGCUUCUGCGCUACGUGAAGAAGCAUACAUCCGCAUGGUGGGGCAAGAGUUUUAUUGAUGAUCUCGGCGUGGCUGGAAAUGACACUGCUGGCACUUCGAUCCAGCAUGCAUAA